UAGUUAAGUGUGUACUUACGCAUCUUUCAUAAAGUCUUUUCCAGUCACUAAACGACUAGUUUGAUACGAACGUUCGGUUUUGUUCGUGUUUGAGUUUUUGCUCCACACUCACCGGUCUGUUCUCUGAUUGGCUGCUGCAGGAAAGAAACGAAAAUGAUUGGUCGAGGAUUUCUUUAUGUACAGUACUGACACCUCACUGUACCUCACAGCACUGACAGAAGCACGUGAACUGGGCUGCCAUCUCGUUUCUGCACUAAAGAGUGAUGAAAGUAUGGAGUAUCUCUCUGCUGAGGAGAGGGCUUGUCUCAUGUACCUAGAGGAGACCAUUCAGUCACUGGAUACAGAGGAUGAUAGUGGCCUAUCCAAUGACGAGUCUGAUCAACUGCCAGCUCGGGGAAAUGUAGCUAACAAAGCAGCCCACCUUUCCUCGUCGACAGAAUUCAACAAGCUCCCCCAAGAUGUGCCCAAAAGCCCAUUUGAAGGUCCAUUGUCAUAUAGCAGCUUGGUGCAAAAUGAAAUUUUGAAUUAUAUGGUUCCUACUCCAUUUGUCCUUGCAAACCAUAACUCACGUAUCCAAACCAAACCUGAAUUAGCUGCAUUCCAGAAAAAGACUGCACCCAAAGUGGCUUGUGAAAGUAACCAGCUCCAUGAAGAAGCUCUACGAGUUCCCUCAGAGGCCAGUGUGGUAGUGAUACCACCUCCAUAUAAAAUCAGAGGCAGUAAAGAUACAGCGGAAGAACAACAAAAUAAUCAUCAGCCAGAGAAUGUGGCACGUAGAGGACCACUCUCGUAUGAAGCACUGGUCCAUCUGCGCAAGAGUGCUUCAAUGCGGAGAACCAAUGCAACUGAAGCCAAAACCGAAGAACAGCAGGUUUCUACAAAUAAAGAUCAUGAGGGAAGCAUCCCUACAUCCCAAACGCAUACCCAGAACUCACAGGCUAUGACAAGUAGGAACUCCAAGCCCACUCCUCCACCUGUGGCCCCUAAACCUAAAAUGAAAACCCCACACAAAGUCCCAAUGAACCAGGAAGGAGACUCCAACUCCAAGAUCAACUCAACCAUGCCUUACCCAGGGGUAUUGUCUGUAGAUAAAUUAAUGAACCCAGAGAAAGUAAGAGUAGAGGCUCUUUGCAAGCUGGGUCUCCUUAAGGAUGCAAAGAACCCAAUCUGUCAACAACUAAAGCAUUCACAGUCCCCAGCAAACAAAGAGCAAAACCAGACCACAAGUGAACGUCUUGCUCCAAGUGUUCCUUCAAGACCUGGAGAACAAAUAAACCAGCCAGUACAAAGUUGCAGCACUCUCCACCAAACGUGCGACCUUUCCACAGCUUCAUCUCAUCCGCAAAAUGCCGAUAUGACUUCAACCGGGACAUCUGCCACAUUGGAACACACUGGGAUUGUACUGUCAGGUUCUAACAUCCCAGUCUUGAAUGCAAUUUCUCAGAACCACCAAUCAGGUUCUUCUACAGUAGGAACCAAAAACCACUUUGCAGACACUCAAAUGGAUUCUAAUGAAUCGGUAUCCACAAAAACGGAAUUGCAUGCAUCAUCUCGUUCCAAAGGUGUCAACGUGCCGGUUCCCAGCAUCGGAAGAGAUCGGAGAGAGGCAUUACGAAAACUAGGAUUGCUGAAAAACUGAAAUUUGCUGACUGUAUGCUCU